AUGUCUUCUGGCCGCUUGUUCUCUCCGCGGCAGUCCAUUGAAUUGGACAAAAAUGGCAGAUUUAACCUGAGACCGGCCUCCACCAAAAGCCGCAGCGCGCUGCAUGAACGAACUCCUUCGGAUCUCAACCGGGAUAAUGGCGACAACCCUACAAUCCGACUGGUCGGCUCCAACAACAGCCUCAAAAAUGUUUACAACAAGAAUCCGUUUCCGAACAAGCCCGCUCAGGUACUACAACCCACCAAGGCCACAAAGCAUGGCUAUACUAUUCAGAACGACCAAGGAAUCUCGAGUCUUAACGCCAAGGUACAAGAUAAGCUAGAUAUUUCUGCUGGCCAAACAGGAAGGCUCUCGGCGCAAUCUUCCAACAACAGACACUCUAAACGCUCCUCGAAUUUCUCUCAAUCAACGAGAACGUCUGCUGCAGACACGUAUUAUAAUGACGAUCAAUUCUCCCCAACGAGCGGUCGAUUCUCAAUGGACGGAACUCUGCGAAAUACGCCAACCCCUAUCGCAUCCGAAGAACGCGAGAAGGAAAGACUUAGAGAGGAGGCCCUGCCAGCUGUUGUAGAAACGAGUUUCGAAGCGUCUACCAUACGUCCUGUGACAGCGUCAUCAUCGUCAGGUCCAGGCUCACGCGGCUCUGACGCCCCUAAGAACGAGGCGUCGAAUCCUCAGGCUGGAAGAUCUGUAUCUCUGGCUACGACCAGCGCAUCGGGAUCAUCAGGUCCAAAUAUCGAAGUCUACGAUGUGAGCUCACCAUCUCAGUAUUCGAGCACGCCGCCGGAACACUCACGAUCCAACUCGUACAACGUCAUCCGUUAUGCCAAAUCUACUGAGAGCAUGACAUCAGUCCAAUACGCCCAAGUCCGGCCACCUACGGCUCAAUCGCAGUCUGCAAGCAGUGCCUGGUCAUCUAGUGAGGCCGAAAAUUUGCCACCACUUUCUGUCGCCAANAAGCGAACACAUAUGCAUUCGGCAUCGGCUGGUGCUGGUGUAGUGCGCAUGUCGAACCUCUCCACUAUUGCAUCCGAGUCCGAGCCUUCCAGCCAGUCAAUAACACGUGAACUAAGCAGUUCAACGGCUGACAUCUUCACAUCACCACCUGCGGUCCACCCCUCAUCGCAGUCGGGCAAUUGGUAUGUUAGACGGCAAACCAUCGGCUCCAGCUCAUAUUCGUCUAUCAUGACCGACAGCAACUAUCAAACCUUGUCGACCGAGAGCUCUCGAUGGGAAUUGAACCGAGAGAAUUCUGCAAUACCAGAGCCUUUGUUUUCAAGCAGCCCUCGCGGAACACAACCGCUGAGUAGCCCAGUCAUUACUCACCCGAGCUCAUCAGGCAUUCACGAACUUCCUGGCGAGUUCAAAUCGGAGCAAGAUGACACUAUCGCCGAACUCCAAGCUCAUCCGUUGCGUACACAAAGAUCGGGUCUUGGGUCUCGCGGCAGAUCAGCCUCUGACCCUCGCCCUGCAUCCGCGCGCUCAACUCAUACCCUGGCAACAUCUUACAACCCCGAUCGUGGAUCUCAAGGUUCUUCCAUAUUCCCACAAUGGGCUAAGUCUUUCUACCGUGGAAAGCUGCACUUCCCUCCUGGGAACGAGAGCUCUGUCAGUCUUGCUCUUUCAGAUGGACAAUUGCCUCCUCACAGCCAAGCCCCUCCAGCUAUGCGCAUGCUGCCGUGGGCUCAACACCGUCGCUGGGAGAGCGCCGGAAACAGCUUGAUGAGCAUGCAACAGUCCAUCUUCCGCCCCUACGGACGUCGACCGAAUAUGAACCGGAGUCAGUCUACCAACACUAUGUCGUCUGUCACGCGGAGUAGUAGUCUGGCGGAAUUUAUGGCGAUUACAGCGAUUCCUCGAGGCAGACACAGCUCUGCACCCACCUUCCAACCACCUCGUCGACAGCAAACGGUCAAUUCUGGACGCGCAAUACCCCGCGACCCGACAUACAGCUCCUCAAACUACCCUCAAUCUCUUGCCGCCAGCCACAUGUACAACACGCCUCCUCAUCUCGCACCUUCGCGUCGUCUCUCCCACCGUCUCUCCACCUGGCGCGCUCCCAGCUUUGAUGAAGCACUCAACAGCCUGGUCUUCUCUCGCGGCAAUCGCCAAAUCCUCUUCUUCUGCCUUGGUUUCUUGUGUCCACUGUUCUGGAUGGUCGCAGCAUUCCUUCCGUUGCCACAUAGACCUAUGGAGACCACCAUGACCAACCUCGAAUCCUUGCAGGAUAUGCCUGAACUUGAAGGCGAGAAGAACCAUUACCCUCUCGGUCUGCAAGUCGAGAUGAGAAACUGGGACUUGGAGCGCAGAUACCUCAAGGCUCGUUGGUGGAGAAACCUCAACCGCAUCAUGAGUUUCGUGGGAGUUGCACUCAUUGGUGCCAUCAUCGCUCUCGCCAUCGUCGCCUCCAAGUAG